CAUCUCAUCCAGUUUCUUGCUCUACAAAACUACAUUUCGAGAUACAGCUUCAGAUGUCCAUUUCACGAUUUAACAGAAAGCAUAAAUUCAAGAAACACCAUUUCCUCUCACAUAAACUGCCAAAAACGACGUAAAAUUCACUUAAACCUGUUUAAGUAUUACAGCAUCGGAUGAUUUAAUCAAGUCAGCUGUGCCCCAUUACCCUGAGUAGGACGCACGAAAAUACCUUACACAAUUUCUGAAACCGUUGCUGCGGAUGGACCGAAUACGCCUACAAAUAAUAGUUCCAAUUGUUUCACAAACUGAAAAAUGGCGAUCCCACGCGGAGCCAAUAGAAGGCGGUGCCGCACGACCUCCAAAAAACACCCCAUUGGUCCAUUCAAACCCCACGGUACCACUUGACCAAUCAGAAAGCUUAGAGGAAGUUCGAGUCAAACCAGUUCCAUUUUAGCUCCGACGGCGCGCGCACGCGUUUCAAAUUUGGAACGACUGGCAUUUAAAUUCGAAUCUUCUAGCGCCUUUCAGUGUUUGUUUUUUAAAAGGUGUUAAAGUGUCGUUGUCUGAUUUUGCCGGUUUUUACGGUUAUUGUUUUAAGUAGGUUGUGUUUCGUCACUGCAAGGAUAUUAUUUUUAGCAUUUAGCUUGUUAAAGCUGUUGUUGGCGUGAGACGGAUCUUAAUAUAGCUGUGCGCAUUUGUGUAUUCGUCUGUCCGAGAUUAAAAUGAGAAAGAAGAGAAAAAAUAGAUUCACGUGCGAUUAAUAAAUAAAACUCAGAACGCAUUUAAAAAUCUAUUUAUUAAUUGUGUAAGUGAACGUCAAGCCAGACAGAGACUGGGUACUAAUGAGAGAAAAAAAAUAACAUUUGAAGUGACCAAAUAUUGACUCUAUUUACCGGUAAAAAGAAAACCAACUCGGAUUCAAUACAAACUUCGGCCCUUUUCGAAAUUCGAAAACAAAUAAUUGCCGCUUCAAGGUGCCCGGUUUUGUUUAAACAUUUUUGGGACUGCUGCCUUUCCCUGUUUAUAUAGCUGCCUUUAAAGGCUUUUUAAAAACAAAACGGUGAAACAAACACGAUCGCAUUUAAGACUAAUAAAAAACGCCUUAAACAAAUGCAUUUUAGUGCGUGUCAAAAUCGAAUUCCAAAUUCGAAUCGCAUAAGGCUCGCCAUUCUUUAACUUUGAUGUGGAUUGUUUAGCACCGCUAAGUGGUGCUAAUUUGUAGUGUCAAAUUGUGGUGUCAAAGUGGCAGGAGACGAGCAUUUGGAUAUGUUGGGGGGCCCCGAGUGGGGGCAGCGGGAGGCCACCCCACCCAGAGACGCUCCCCUGCCGAGUUUCGGCUUCACACAGGAGCAGGUUGCCUGCGUAUGCGAGGUCCUUCAACAAGCCGGUAACAUCGAGCGUCUCGGCCGCUUCCUCUGGUCGCUCCCAGCCUGCGAGCGACUCCACGCCCACGAAUCAGUGCUGAAGGCCAAAGCUAUGGUCGCUUUCCAUCGGGGGAACUUCAAGGAAUUGUAUAGGCUGUUGGAAUCACACACGUUUAGUCCGCAUAACCAUGCGAAACUCCAGACCCUGUGGCUAAAAGCACACUACAUGGAGGCAGAGAGGUUGCGCGGGCGGCCGCUCGGAGCCGUCGGCAAAUACCGAGUUAGGCGCAAGUUCCCAUUACCAAGGACGAUAUGGGACGGCGAAGAGACUAGCUACUGCUUCAAGGAGAAGUCGCGGUCAGUUUUACGAGAUUGGUACAUACACAAUCCGUACCCAUCUCCUCGAGAGAAGAGAGAAUUAGCGGAGACCACAGGUCUCACCACUGUACAGGUUUCAAAUUGGUUCAAAAAUAGACGACAAAGAGACAGACAAGCAGAACACAAAGAUAGUGGAAACCCCAACGAGAAGCAACUAGACUCCUCAUCAGAUGACGAUUCCGACGCCGCGCCCACGCACGCUCUACCAGCGCACGCGCCGCAACCGCUAUACCCGCUCUACGACCAUCCCCUACAUCUACACUACCACCACUCGUGACCUCACUAACUAAUAUAGUAAACCUGACCGCGCCUCUGUCAAUCGUGACCGUACUAGCUUCAAACCCCAACGAGAAGCGUAGACUCCUCAUCUGACGACAGUGAUAAAUCACCGCAACCGCUCUACCCGCUCUACGAUCAUCCUCUACAUCUACACUACCGCCACUCGUGACCGCACUAACUAUAAUUAUGACCGCGCCUGACCGUACCUUACUAUCCUGACCAUAUAUUACGAGUGACCAUGCUGUCAGGAUCCUUAUCGUACAAAGAAAAGUGUAAAAUAAGGAUAAAUUGAGUUUGAUCACAUAAUCACUUAGUGGUGUGGUUAAAUAUAUAGGAACCCACAUUUGAACAGAUUUUUGCAACCAAAAGACAUUUAGCUCUGAAUAAUAUAUAUUCAGCGGUAAUGUAUUCUACAGGUUUUGAUAAAGCGAUACGAGUUUAUAUGAUGAGUCGAUACACAAUAUCACAUAGACAUACCCGCGUCAAAAAGAUAAGAAUAAAAAUGCGUAGUUUACAAACUUACAAAUGUAAAUACAAUUUAUAUGCACUUUUAGCCAAAUAUUUGUAAUAUAAUUUUAUUGUUACGGUUAUAGUAAUAAGGAUGUGGAAAAAAAGGAUUUUAAAGGUAAAUUGAGUAACUUAAAAAUUACUGGGUUCAAUUUGACUGGAGAGUGACAGAAGGUACCUACCGUAGCUAUCAUCUUCUAUUCCCCGUCAAGUAGAUUUUGUAAUUUCUCGAGUUAAAUAGGACCACACCUGUUCUAAAAAUGAGAUUAUAAAAUAAAUGCAAAGUAUAAAAAGUACUUUUGUUUGCUAAGUUUAUUCCCAUAUUGCCUUUUAUUCCUCAAUGUUUUUUUAUAUUUAAAGUGAAAAUCAUGGCUUCCUUUUACUAUGUGUAUAUUUUAUAUUUAAAUAAAAAAUAGAUUUCGAUUUAAAUUUUCAAUUUAAAUCAAUUUAGAUGAUGGAUCCAUCAACUAGAUGGAUCCAUCAUAAACAAGAGACUGUAAAACAAAAUUUUUGUAGUUUUUUUUCUAAAUUAAAUUUUAAAAGAAAAUUAUUGGGAAAUAA